AAGGAGAACUGCUGGGCAUCUUCACAACGGGUGCACUCUUGACCUUUAGCCACCUUAAAUUGAUUCAAUGAACUUAACACGUCAUAGAAGUUCCGGAGCUACAGAAGUGCAAACGUGACUCAGUAGACGCUUGAAAAAAGCGUUUUAAAAAAAAAAGAAGAAAGCUCAACAGCCAUACCGGUUCAACGCAGAGGUGGAAUUUACCACUUAAACGUCAGAGCAUGAUGUUGUAUAUUUCGCUGUUUGUUGUAAUUUUUGUCGGUGGUCUCCUACUUUCUGUUGUCGCUCAGAUCUGGAAAAAACGUCGGAGCAAAUUUCACUCUGCUCGGAGUUUACUGGUCCACUUCUUUAUCAAUCGCUUUGUGUAUCUCUUGGGAGCUAGAGCAAGAGGACGCCUGGAAAAAGACACAAAAAGUUUUCCCCAAGUUCAAGAAACAUUUUUGUUAAACAUUCUCAAGAAAAACUCCAAGACUAGAUAUGGUAGAGAAUUCAAGUUCAAUGAAAUAACGAGCCGCCGGGAUUUUACUGAUGUUCAUCCCAUCACCAAGUAUGAUCACUACAAAGCGUUUGUGGAUGAAAUUGCUCAAGGAAAGACGAACGUACUGACCAAUCAAGAUCCUUGGAUGUUGGCAGUAACAUCCGGGACAACAGGAAAAAGUUGUCUUAUUCCCAAGACACGAGACAACUCCAGAGCAUUCGUGGAGUACGGAUUCUCUGUGGGACUCUAUCACACUUUGUUUAACGUUCUACCCCAGGCGGAUAAUUUACAGAAGUCCCUUAAACUGUUCCACGCUCCUCAAGUCAGGUACUCGGAAGGAGGGAUUCCCAUUGGACCUUCAACUUUAGCCCCUUCCUUACAGCUGCACGCCCUGUCCACUCCCCGAGUGCACCUUGACGUCCCGUCCGAACCCGCUGGACUUUACAUUCACGUGUUGUUUGCACUAAGAGAUAGAGACCUGGGUGCCAUUCUAGGCAACUUUGCGUUCUGGAUUCACGGGGUUUUCGUCUUCCUUGAGAAAAACUGGAAAUUAAUGGUGCAAGACUUGGAGAAAGGUGAAAUCAAUGCUGAUCUUGAAAUAACAGAUGGAGUUCGAACAGAGCUAAAUAAGCUUUUAAAGCUAAAGCCGGAUAAACAACGAGCAAAUGAACUAAGAGAGGAGUUUCAGAAGGGUUUUGAUGGAAUCGCCAGGAGAAUUUGGCCACACCUAGCAUAUGUACAUGGGGUAAUGUCGGGUUCCUCUGAACUUUAUGCCAUGCAGUUACGGGAGCGCUAUCUCAAGGGUGUGGCACUGUGUUCUACCAUAUAUGGAGCCACUGAAGGAUUGAUUGGAGUGAACUUAUGGCCACUAACAACGGAAUCUUGCUAUCUCCUGGCACCUCGCUCGAUGUUCUUUGAAUUCAUACCAUUGGAGCGUACCCACGAACAACAACCAAAGACGCUGUUCGGUGAGGAACUCGAACCCGGUUGCUCGUAUGAACUCGUGGUAACGACUCUCAGCGGUUUGUACCGUUACAGGAUCGGAGAUGUGGUGAAAGUUGUCCGUUUUCACAACAGUUGCCCGGUGGUGGAGUUUCAGUACAGACAAGGUCAGCUAUUAAACAUGCGCUCGGAGAAAACGACUGAGACGAUGAUGUACGAAGCACUCACGAAUGUGCUCCGAGGUAAAGGCGAGAAAUUUAACUUCGUGGAUUACACAUGCGCAGAGAGCAUUCUGUUGGAAUUAAUCCCGAAGAAAAUGGAUUUCGUUUUGGAAACUAUUGGCCAAAAAUGCAAGGCAGACUUUGAUGGUGUCAAGCCAUUUUAUAUAAUUUUCUUGGAGCUUAGUGCAACUCGAGACUCAAAAGAAAAUGAGGUGCUUUCUCGAAAGUUGGACCACGCGCUAUGUGAGGUGAAUCCCUUUUAUCUCAUUCGUCGUGAAAAUGGCGGCUGUAUCGACACACUCAAAGUUUGUUUGGUCCAACCAGGUACGUUCCAGAAAUUUCGCGACUUCCUUCUCAAAGUCACACCGACGGCUGUGAAUCAACUGAAGAUUCCGCGGAAACUUACGUCGAAAGAACAACUAAUGUUCUUUUGUGAGAAUUCAGGCCACUGAGCGGGUUUAAAUAAUUAGCACAUUUUCAGCAAAGCCAUAUGAUUAGAGCGCCGUUCAAUUAAGUAUCGAGAUAAAAUCUCCUGUAAUCACUUCAGCCAAUCAGAAGAGGAAGAUACUGAAAGGGGCCAAUAAGAAUCAAAAGUGAGAAUAC